AUGGGAAGUCUCGGAUACAAACUCCUUCUGGCUCUUGGAAUCUUAUUUGCUAACGGUUUGGGCGGUUUUUUUACCAUCACUGCUAUGAGAUGCAUGUCUAGAGCGAAAACUGUGAAUACUUACGCCCAAUCUUUCACUGCUGGAAUUUUCCUUGGAAUCGUGUUUUUGAUGUUGAACCCUGAACUUCCGAUUGAAGAAGCGGACUUCAACAAGAAAUACAACAGUAAAUCCCACACUUCUAUUACAUCUUGCUCUGCUGUUUUUGGAAUUAUCUUCAUGCUCUUAAUUGAUUCGACUAUCAAGGCCAUCCGGGAGAAAAAGAAAAGUUUGGAAGACGUUGAGAUGUCCGAACUCCCUCUCGCCUCCUCCAUGACUGUCAUCUCCCCACCACCAGAUAACCUGUACAAGUUCGUUUUGUUCGCCACGUUGAUGUCAGUGCAUUCAUUGUUCGAGGGCCUUCCGAUUGGUUACAAGGAUGCCAAAGAGGAUAUCUUAUCCUAUGGGCUUCCGAUGCUCCUGCACAAGUUUUUGGAGGCAAUGACUGUCGCUUCGGCUGGAUACAAGGAGAAAAAGGUGCACGCAAUUCUUGGUUGUACCAUCCAUUCUCUCAUGACACCGAUUGGUUCUCUUAUUGGACUCACGCUGACUGGAGAGCACAACAAUCUCAUGGUUGACGUUGCUCUUCUUGUUGUUAUGGGAAUGUCUGUUGGAACGAUUGUUUACAUUACUUUCAUGGAGAUUUUGACCCCACUAAUGGAGAACCCGGAAUUCAAAGGAGUCGGAGAAUUCAAGAAAAUUGGUGCUAUUUUAGGAGGAUUCUUGGCGACGGUUGCUAUUUCGGCUGUGAUUGGAACUCUCGAAUCUCACCAGGCAACUAGUGGCACUGCGAUUUGA